AUGAAAACAUCUCAAAAUGAAAUUCUGGAGAAUGCAGUUUUUACUUGGUUCUUACAAAAGAGAGCAUGCGGUCAGCCCAUAUCUGGACCUCUGUUAUGUGAAAAAGCAUUGGAUUUUAAUCAAAAACUUGGUGGUGAUACUUCUUUCAAGGCGAGCUGUGGAUGGUUUUUUCUUUUUUUCCCUUUUCAUCCCGUGGGUGUCGUAAGAGGCGACUAA